AUGGAUGGUUCCGCUGCCUCGUCUUCCAAGUCUCCAGCCUCCGAGUUUAGAUCCAGCCUCCACGGCUUACCUUACAGUGCGACGGCAACGACAAGUCCUCCAAUACGAGUUACCAGCACCACGUCCUUACAGCGACUCCCUGACUCCGAGGUCGACAUUGCGCAGAGUACUGCCACCUCCGGGGACAACGCGUCGACGUCGUCCAAUAGGAGAUAUCACCCGGGCGCGUUGGCGCAUGAUGGAGACUGGCUUCGAAUCGCAGGUGCAGGAUCAAGCUCGGCGCGAGAAAGUCAGAUCAGUCUCAAUACUAGGACUCCCACAAUAAGCAGUCUGACCUCGGCCGCAACCAGCGUUCCUCACAUCCGCGUCAAUGACACGAAUCCGCAAGACCUCCCAGAAUCAGACCGCCGCAGCAAUACCAGCGUCGAAGAAAGUGGGAGAUGGUUGUUCUUGAGGAAGUCCAAGUCAACCUCAGCAGUUUCUGGAAACAGGGCCGGAGGAGGUGCACAAUCCAGAGAGAUCGCGUUGGAUAUAGACAUUCCCACAGGCGGCUUCGGCGACGACUUGUCCUCCGGCAGCAUCGAGUUCUCGAAGAGAGGGAGCAUGCUGAUUGAUGGGCAAAGGGUGAAUCAACCGAGGAGCAGAACCUCUCCCAUUCUGGCUCCGAUCAUGGAUGACGAGAAAAGAGGAAACGGAGAGGCGAAUACCACAGACGCAACCGACGGCCUUCGGUCGACUCUGACGACCGCGUCCACUGCUACAAAGAGGGUCAAGGAGCGGCCAGCUGCCAAAGUCCUUUCCGCAGACGAAGAAAUGCUGUCUGAGAAGGUCCGGAGCUUCUAUGCGGCUGGCACAGACGAGCAUCCCGAUACUGAGUCCUCCACCAACUUGGCCGCUAGCAUGGGAGCACGAUGGCAAGCAACCUUGGUCACCGACACUCGGAGCGUUAGUAUCCCAUCUAUUUCGUGUGCCACCUCUACGACCGACGUUAAUGAAGACGUGACGGGUUCUACGCGAGUCAGCAAAGCGAGGCCCACCUCACAGACCCCUGUGAUACCGGAACGCGAGGAGAACGAACUGGCGGGAGGACUGGAGGACUGGAAAGACAUCUGUAGCGCCGACGUCGACCGCUUUGGCUUUAUCCUCGCCAAGGCACCCGAUGCGACUGUUGACGGCGCCAACGAAUCCAGGCCUCAACGGUUGACUCGAGUUUCAACAAGCCUACAGCUUGCUUCGGAGACUCCUCGACGCAAACAUACUGUGCGUCGUAACCCGAGCAGCGCUCACGGAUCUCCCAGGUCAGGACACAGCAGAUAUAGCGCGGCGGAGCAGACACCUCCUCGGCCGUCCAGUUCCCAGAGCGGCCAUUCUCGCCCGUCCACUGGCCGAAGGAGCGGCUCCUCACGGCUCCCUGUGUUGGGUUCGAAGAAUCGCCGCUUGAUGCAUUCGGCCAUGAACAUGCUCACGCUACCUCGAUCUGCUCAAUCCGUGGUUGAGGAUGGACAUGUCCACAUUGACGACGCCAGGGCUCGUCGGAAGGAGCUUGAGCGUGAGGAGAAAUGGCGCAGAAUGGCACGCCCCUUGCCACCAGCGACAGACCCGAAAACCGGGCUACCUGUGGUAGGUGGUGGUUCGGAGACGGGUUACACAUUCGAUACGAUGUCGCCAAAGCUCAUCGAACGGACGUGGAAGGGCAUACCGGACAAAUGGCGAGCGACGGCCUGGCACAGUUUCCUCAGCACGUCGGCUUCCCGUCGAAAGGACUGUCUGCCCGACACAGAACUGAUCGAUCUGUUCCAUUCCUACCAAACAGAAUCCUCUCCGGACGAUGUGCAAAUCGACAUCGACGUCCCCCGCACCAUCUCCUCCCACAUCAUGUUCCGCAGGCGGUAUCGAGGUGGCCAACGUCUUUUGUUCCGUGUCCUCCAUGCCAUGUCUCUCCAUUUUGCAGAGACAGGGUAUGUGCAAGGAAUGGCUGCGCUUGCCGUGACACUAUUGGCGUACUACGACGAGGAAAAGGCUUUUGUCAUGCUUGUUCGUAUGUGGGAGCUGCGUGGGCUGGGGGAGCUGUACAAGUCCGGCUUUCAGGGGCUGAUGACCGCGUUGAACGACUUUGAGACUCGUUGGCUAGGCCAAGGGGAGCUUGCACGACAACUGGAAAAGCUAGGCAUCCCUCCCACAGCCUACGGCACCCGAUGGUAUCUCACGCUGUUCAACUACACGAUCCCCUUCCCCGCGCAGCUGCGCGUCUGGGACGUCUUCAUGCUUCUCGGAGACGACACAUCUUCCGCCUCUACGUCUCCUCCUACCGCCAACACCUACUCCAAUACUGAUUCCCAUCCCUCGGCGCCACAGCCCGUUUCACAGAAUGGAAUCCACCAGCCUGUGAGCGGAGACGCUGGAAACGAAGACCACGAACCGUCGUUCGGCACAACGCUCGACGUCCUGCACGCCGCCUCGGCCGCCCUGAUCGACGGUAUGCGCGACAUCCUUCUGGAAUCGGACUUUGAGAACGCCAUGAAGGUGCUCACAUCGUGGAUCCCUAUUCAAGACGAAGACCUCUUCAUGCGCAUCGCCAAGGCAGAGUGGAAUAUGCACCAGAAGCAACACGACGGACAGAGAUCCAGAAAGCGCGGGUAG